GCCCUACAGCCUCACAGCAGCCACUUGAAACACACAGAGAGCAGUUGGACUCAAGAUGUCGGACGAAGGUAAACUAUUCAUCGGAGGACUGAGCUUCGAGACCAACGAGGAGUCUCUGUCUGCGGCCUUCGGCAACUACGGAACCAUUGAGAAAGUGGAUGUGAUCAGAGACAAAGAGACAGGACGGUCUCGUGGUUUCGGCUUUGUUAAAUACGAUAACGCAGAAGAUGCUAAAGAUGCCUUGGAGGCCAUGAACGGCAAGACUCUUGAUGGACGGGCUAUUCGCGUGGAUGAAGCUGGAAAGGGAGGAAGCUCCAGAGGAGGUUUUGGCGGCUCAGGACCCCGUGGAGGAAGAUUCAGCGGUUCCCGGGGGAGAGGCGGCGGAUACGAUGGAGACAGGAGUUAUGGGGAUAGGAGCUUUGGCGGUGGAGGAUACUCUUCAAGCGGAUACAGAGAAAAUGGGGGACAGGGUGGAUAUGGUGACCGCUCUGGAUCCUACCGCGAUGGAUAUGACCGCUAUGCUACACACGAGUAAGCAUCUCCCUGAUUCAAGAUCAUCACGUGGCUGGCUGUAUUUCAAAGAUGCGCUCCUCAAGAAAAAUGUCCACGUGUUAUUGCUGACCUUUUUAGUUUUGUAGUUCUGUUGUAGUAGCUCAAGCAUCUUUAAAAAAAAAAAAAAAAAUGUAGCCAUGAAGUUUUGGUCAUUCCUAAAGAACCAUGUUAAAACAAAUUGCAGUUCAGGACUCUUUAUCUUGCUUGAUUGGGCAUCAGCCGUCUGUUCACUAAAAGGCAUCUGCGUAAUCUGAUUAAUAUUGUAAGGCCCAAUUUAGGGGACCCAACAACACCUCUCCACGUGGCUUUUCAUUGAUCAGCCACUACUUUCGCUAUAGUUUUGUCCAGCACGUUGAAGUGUUUCCUGAUUUGAUUCCUUAUUUAGUAAUGUGUUUUUUUAUAUUGAUAUCUGAUGGGGCUUGUU